GGAGGCGUGUCUUCAACAGGUGGGAUACUCGGGCUUUAAGAGCUUUCCGCAGACACACAGAAGCCAGUCGUCAAAAUCAAACUGACCGGAGCUUUGUCGUGCACAUACAUACAGACUAAAAUUGUUAUUGAAAAAGACAAUUGGUGUAGUGGUUCGGCCCAAAGGCAUUAACCACUAUGACAUUACAAUGGGUGUUAUUACUAGUGUUAGUAACCACUUUAAUAGCGGCCGAAAAGGGUUCGUACGAGGAAACUGGCAAUGAUUUGCUAAGAUGGUUGGAUAAUAGUGGAAGAGGGUUUGGUACAUGGAGAUCUCCUCAAGAAGAUGAAGAUGAAGAAUUAGAAUAUCCGGCGAAUAUAUUUAAAAAUGAAAACAGAAAACGAGCACUGUCGUUUUUGACACACUGGAGACCAUGGAAUCAGUUAAGUGGUAACGGCAGACAUGUGAUUCGAUCGCCAUUCAGUUCGUUUUUCCCGGAUACGGAUGUACCAUCAAAGGGUAAUCGGCCAGUAGGACAACCACUUAGAUGGGGACGGCGUAGACGUCGAUAAGUCUUUACAUACUUUUAACCGACAAUAAAAAUGUUUAAUCAAAAUAUUAUACAAUUUAUAUACAUUUUUCUUUGUUUGAUGUAUGAAUAUUGUUUUGUUAUGAUUUAUUCUCCAAAUUUGACUGCAUAAUAAAAAUUUUCAUUUU